AUUAGCUGAUUAUAAAAACUAAACGAAAAUGGGCGAGUUUAUAGCUGAAAUGCAGGAGCGCCUGCUGCCGGAGUACGAACAGAUGAAGCACUACAACGUAUUCACGCCGGAUCAAGUCAGAGAAAUCGUGAGCCGGCGCGAGCGUCUAUUCCUAAAAAUCACUAAAAGCCACCUGGCUGUCGGCGAUUAUCUAGAGUUCAUUGUCUACGAGAAGCAAAUGUACAAAACACUCUCGGACAAGGAGAAGAUGAUGCACAUAAAGCUGACCGGCCUGAAGAACUCCAUAUCCAUACGCAUCAUGCGCCUGUACAGGGAAGUGCUGGGGAAAUUUACCCACGACAGGCGCCUAUGGAGCAAUUGGAUCAAGUUCAGCAAGAAGUCCGGUCCCCAGGAGGUGGCUGGCAUCUAUGAGAAGAUGCUGCUGUAUCAUGGCGAUGAUCCGAACUUUUGGGUGGACGCCGCCCUGUGGCUCUACGAGUACAAUCGCCUCAAUAUAGAUCGUGUGAAAGACAUUCUUCUUCGUGGCCUGCAGCGACAUCCCGACUCGGAGGCACUUAACAAAUGCUUCUUCGACAUUCUGCUCAAGGAGGCGGCACGGGCUGAUCCCGAGAAGAAUCUGGCUGAGAACACACUGUCUGAGCAGGACAUCAAACUGGAGCGGGUCGAGGCCGUCUAUCGAAACAGCAUGGCGAACAUUACGAGUUUGGAUUAUUUUGUGAAGCUGCUGGAGAGCUGCGAGGAUCACCACGAGAUAACCGUCAAGCUGCAGCGUCUCAUCAUCGACGACAUGCAGGAAAAGUUCCCGCGCGAGCCUGGCCUGUGGGAUCUGGCGGCACAGCGUGAGCUGCGUGGAUACCAUCUGGGGGACCCCGACGAGGAGCCCGACAACAGUGAGGAGGAGCCAGCCAGCAAGAAGUCUCGUCCUGCCACCAAUGUGCGCUCCCUAAAGCGACGCAUUCAACUGUGCGUGACUGUCUACAAGUCCGCCGUGGAGGUGCUGCAGACACAGGAUAUGUGGAGCCUCUAUUUAGAUGCCAUGCUUACGCUCAACAGCGACGGCAAGGCGGAACGAGCGCUCAAGCAGCAGUGCCUGGCCGAUGCCCUGCAGGAUGGCCACCGCUCAAAGCUAAUGCACGUGCGCCACUAUGCCACCCUGAGGAAGAUGCUCAGCAGUGCGCCCAGUGGACGGGAGGCCGCUGUUACCAUUCUAACGGAGGCCCUCAAGAACGAUGCUUCGGUCGAGAUGCACCAGCUGCUGCUGGCCACGCACGUGCAGAAUGACAGCGAGUCGCUGAUCUACGAGCUGUUCAACAAAAUCCAGAAGACCAUGGGCCCCGAAGCGCUGCCUCUGUGGCAGAGCGUCAUCCUCUACUAUCGCACGCGUCAGGAUAGUCUCGGCAAGAAGCGCCUGGAAGAAAUCUACAAGCUGGCCACCGCCUCCGUCUGGCCGGAGUUCGCGGAGCUGCGCUCCGACUAUCUGCAGUAUCUCUGGCAUGCAGAGUCCGUUGAUGCAGCGCGCACGGAGUACGCCAAGCUGGCGCUCCAGCCGCCCAUGUCCCUACAGCUGCAUCGCCAAAUGGCCCAUCUCGAGAGCAGUCUGGCAGUGCGCGACAAGGCGGCCAUCAAGUCCUGGCGCAUGUGCUACGAGUUCAUGGCCGUUUACUUUGGCAAAACGGAGCCCAGCAUCUGGGUUGAGUAUCUCACCUUCGAGCGGGGCCAUGGCGAAACCAAGAACCUGUCUCUGCUCACGCAGCGAGCCCUCACCACCCUGGAGCCGCGGUAUGUGCCCGCCUUCGAGGCGGAGCGUGCCCUGGCCUAUGUGGGCGCUGCUCUUGUUGGUUAAGGCAUGGAUCGACUGGUUCAUUUUUCCUAGCUUUGUAAGUCUAUAUAGUGUUUUUUUGUUUGUGUAUAAUGAGAUGUACUCGACUGGGCUAUUAUUAUAUUCAUAUUUUAUAAUAUUUUGCUAUCGAUUGUCGAAAUCAAAUCAGUUUUUAAAUAGUUCUAGUGUAAGAGCCAGUGAUCUACAACUUUAAAAGAUGAAAGUGUAUGAUAUUGCAGUAAAUUUUACAAUUAUC